AUUGUUUUCAAUUUGAUGUUUUGGUAUGGCUAUGACGAUAAACAUUAGAAAUAAAAUUAAUAAUUAGGUGAAAGGAACUGCAAUGUGCGUCUUCGAUUGAAAUUAAAAUUGUCGGUUGUUUUCUAAUUGUGUAAUCAUGAACUUUCGGUCAUUUCUCGUGACAAAUUAAUGCAAACUUUGUUAUUUGUUUAUAAAUUGUGAGAAAUAUGACAGAACAACAACAUUCGGGGAGAAAUCCUCUCUCGUUUUCUCCUGCAUUGGUGAUCAAAGAAGGAUGGUUAUUUAAAAGAGGCGAACAUAUAAGAAAUUGGAGAUCUCGAUAUUUUUUAUUGCUCUCCGACGGCUCGUUAAUUGGAUAUAAGAACAAACCCGAAGGAUCGCCUACCGACCCGUUAAAUAACUUCACCGUUAAAGGAUGUCAAAUUAUGAGUGUAGAUAGACCUAAACCUUAUACUUUCAUUAUUCGUGGUUUACAAUGGACUACUGUUAUCGAACGAACGUUUCAUGUUGAAUCGGAACGAGAACGAGAGGAAUGGAUGGCCGCUAUACGAAGCGUGGCUGAUAGAUUGUCCGAAUGUGAAGAUGUUGAAAUGAAAGGUGCCAGUAUGUCGCAGUCGAGUUCCUCUAGUGAUAAUUUUUAUUCUAAUGUGGAUGAAUUCGGCGCCAAGUUCUCCUUACAAGGUACUUCAUCUAGUAAGACCUCUGGAAAAAGAAAAGUGACUUUGGAAAAUUUUGAAUUCUUGAAAGUUCUGGGUAAAGGUACAUUUGGUAAGGUGAUUCUAUGUCGUGAAAAGGCUACCGGACAUUUAUACGCUAUAAAAAUAUUGAAAAAAGAGGUUAUAAUUCAGAAAGAUGAAGUCGCCCAUACACUAACCGAAAACAGGGUCUUGAGAACAACUAGUCACCCUUUUCUUAUCUCGUUAAAGUAUUCCUUUCAAACUGCCGAUCGUUUGUGCUUUGUCAUGGAAUAUGUAAACGGAGGCGAAUUAUUUUUCCAUUUAUCUCGUGAACGGGUAUUUACCGAAGAUAGAACGAGAUUUUAUGGAGCGGAAAUUAUAUCAGCUCUUGGUUAUCUACACGAAGAAGGAAUAAUUUAUAGAGACUUGAAAUUGGAGAAUUUAUUGCUCGAUAAAGAUGGUCAUAUAAAAAUUGCUGAUUUUGGAUUGUGUAAAGAAGAUAUAACUUAUGGAAGAACAACUAAAACAUUCUGCGGUACCCCCGAAUAUCUGGCUCCAGAGGUUUUGGAAGAUAACGAUUAUGGACGUGCUGUCGAUUGGUGGGGAAUCGGUGUCGUAAUGUAUGAGAUGAUGUGUGGACGUUUACCAUUCUAUAAUCGAGAUCACGACGUCUUGUUUACGUUAAUUUUGAUGGAAGAUGUGAAAUUUCCACGCACAAUUACCCCUGAAGCUCGAAGCUUACUCAGCGGGUUACUCAUCAAAGAUCCAAACAGAAGAUUAGGCGGAGGUCCCGACGAUGCUAAAGAGAUUAUGUCUCAUGCUUUCUUCAAUUGUAUAAAUUGGUCAGAUUUAGUUCAAAAAAAGAUAACGCCUCCGUUCAAACCGCAAGUAACAUCUGAUACUGAUACGAGGUACUUCGAUCAAGAAUUCACCGGUGAAUCGGUAGAAUUAACGCCGCCCGAACAUCCUCCAUUGAAUAGUAUUGCAGAAGAGUUAGAACAAGCGCAGCCGUAUUUUCCACAAUUCAGUUAUCAAGAUUUAGGCUCAACGUUGGGCAGCAGCACAGCGAUUAGUAUAAGUACAGGAUCUCUCGUUCAGAAUCACUGAAUUGUAAACUGCGAACUAAACAAAGCAAGACUACCAUGAUUUCGGUUUGUAAAAAUUUCUUUAUUGUAGAUAUUGAAAGGGCGUGAAUGUAUAUUUAUGACGCUAGAUACAGCACACCGUAAAUGUGACAUGUUGCUUCAUUUCCGAAUUUGAAUUUUUGUUUACGACGCGAUAAAUUUACUAAAGAGGGGCGCGUUAUACAGAUUCAUGUAUGUUUGUAUGUAUGGAAACCAUUGUGAUACUGAUAUUUGUAUUUUUGUUUUUUGUUUAAUUACGCAAAAUUAUCUCUUGCUAGCGGUAUACAUACUUUUUUAUGUGUAGAUACAGUUGUAUAUUGGUGAAAUUGUGAAUUUUUUGGUAUUUUUGUUUAUCUUUGUAGUAGAUUAGUUGGCACGACGUGACCGUAUUUUUUAAAAUCAACUCGCUAUUUUUUUCUUUUUUUUGUGUUUUUUUUCUUUUUCUUUUUCUUUUUCUUUCUCUCUUUUUUUUCGUAUUAUAAUUUACUUGGUUUACGUCCUCGAAAUUUCGAAAAAAAUUCAAAUAUCCCAUAAAGUCAAAUGUCCCAUUUAUGUUUUUCCGUAUGAAAAUUUUCCUCCAUUACUUUUGUUUGUUUUUAAUAUUAUAAUUGUUUUAUGCGUGUACAUAUACUAUAAAUAGUUAUUAACGGUGUUAUUGAAUAUGUAAAAGUAUACAAGUGUGUUUCGAGUGGCGUAGCAAAGGGGGAAAUGAUAAGUCGUAUUCCAGAGAUGGAAGUAUUGAGCGUAUUGUAUUCUAAUUUGGCUUCUCCCUAUUUCAUUGCGUCAUUAAUUCUCUUUUUUCCAUAAUUUUUCUUUCGCUACGUCUCCGAAUAAAUUUAUAUAACGUUUGAUACGUACUAAAAAAAAAAAAUCGCGCUAAAGAACGGUGUCUCAACUAUUAUUCUUUAACGUAUAACAGAUAGUAUAACACUUUCCUCGGAUUUUCCAAGUAUUCUAUUCAAUGUUGUAGACGACACUAUUGACUAAUACUAGUUACAGUUACCAUUUGUUUUUUCUUUUCUACUUUAUUUGUUCUCUCGUUCUUUUUUUUCAAACGACAUUUUCUUUUGAAAAUAUCUGCGUUAGUUGCGCAUGUGUGGCUUUUUAGUGACAAGUACUAGCUUAAAAGUCGUCUAAUAAUGGGUAUUUUUGACAGUUAAAAUGCCAAUGUAAAGUUAUCACAUUGAUUUUAUUUAAUCUAAUUGAGCCCUUUUUCGUGUGAUUAACAAUUUCUUGUAUUUUUUUUUUUUUUUUUUUUUUUUGUAAUUCGUUGUAAUUUUUUUUUUACUUUUUUCUUAUUGUAACUUCUGUUAUACGCUGUGUUAGAUGUUUUUUUGUGAAUGUGAGUAUAAUUAAUGUGGUUUUUGUGUUAUUGAGAGCUGUGUGUUAAGUAUAAAAUGUAAUUUUUCAAUAUUAAUAAUACAGCUUCUAUUUAAGAUGGUAAUAAGCGUGUUAUUUUAUUUACUAUUUUGUUUUUUGUUUUUUUCUCUCUCCUUUUGUUAUCGAGCAAAAUUUCCUUUCACGGAAUCCCAGUUAACAAGCCAUUUUUAUUAAUUUUUUUAAAAUAAAAAUGAAUCAUUAGCUGAUUAUUAGUGAUUACUUUUUCCUAUUUGUUGGCAUUUUUUAUGAUCAAUCAAUGGUGGGUAAAUUUGUAAUUUUAUACGUAGACUAUUUUUAAUAAUCGAUGAUUUUACAUUGAUGUUUUUUUUUUCUCUCUGAACUAGAAUGGAGUGUUUUAAUUACGAUGAAUUUUUAAAAUUAUUGUUUGAUGAAAAUAAUGUGAAUCUUAUUUUCAAAAAAAUUGGGUUCUUUUGAAUAUAUUGAUCGUUUGACAUUUCAACGCACUUUGUGUUUCUCUUAUAGAUAAUUACGUUUCUAAUUAACUAAUUGAAAAUUGAAUGAAUUUUUUUGCUGAUGUUAGAAUAUUUUUGAAUACGUAUAGUUAUAAAUGUUAUUAUCGUCUGUUUAAAAGAAUAACUAACUGUCUUCCAAACGAUUUGAAAUUUUUGACGUUGGUCGACUAUAAGCUCGUCGUGUUAUUUUUUGAAAGCUUGUAAACGGGACGAUGUGAAUGUUAACAAAGUAACUGUAUACAUUACAUAUAAGUAUGUUAUUUAUAAUAACAAAAAUACAAAGAAAAGUAAAACACGGCAUGUAAAAAUAUAUUUAUAUUUUAAGCGGAUUUUAUGCGAAAAAAUGAUUAAAUAAAUAGUACUUUUAUAAAAUA